AUGGAACUGAUCUCUGCUUGCGUACGGACGAUGACUCCUGUAGAUCUGGAUGCUGUGGUGGCAGAGCUGGUCUCCAUGUCCUCAAAUGCUACCGCUGGCUCAUCACCUGGAAUCCCCAUGGCGACAAGAACCCUCGUACUGCUUAUCUGUUUGCUGCUGGUAGCCUGGAGUCACAGAGACAAGAAAGCUGUACCAGGUCCUUCUUUCUGUCUGGGUUUGGGGCCACUUCUGACAUAUUUGAGAUUUAUCUGGACUGGGAUUGGCACAGCAAGUAAUUACUACAACACCAAGUAUGGAGACAUUGUCAGAGUCUGGAUAAAUGGAGAGGAGACCCUCAUCCUCAGCGGGGCAUCUGCUGUGCAUCAUGUUCUCAAAAAUGGGAAAUAUACCUCUCGUUUUGGGAGCAAGCAGGGACUCUGCUGUAUUGGCAUGAAUGAGAAAGGCAUCAUAUUCAACAACAACGUAGCUCUGUGGAAAAAGAUUCGUGCCUAUUUCACCAAAGCCCUAACAGGUCCAAAUUUACAGCAGACAGUGGAAGUCUGUGUCUCUUCCACACAGACUCACCUGGACAGCCUGGACAGUUUGGUUCAUGUAGACGUCCUCAGUUUGCUGCGCUGCACGGUGGUCGACAUCUCUAACAGACUCUUCCUGGGUGUGCCCGUUAAUGAGAAAGAGCUGCUGCAGAAGAUUCAGAAGUAUUUUGAUACAUGGCAGACGGUGCUGAUCAAACCUGACAUCUACUUCAAGUUUGGCUGGAUCCACCAGAGGCACAAGACAGCAGCCCAGGAGCUGCAAGAUGCCAUAGGAAGUCUUGUAGAACAGAAAAGGAGAGAUAUGGAGCAGGCAGAUAAGCUGGACAGCAUCAACUUCACAGCAGAGCUCAUAUUUGCACAGAGCCAUGGCGAGCUUUCUGCUGAGAACGUGAGGCAGUCCGUGCUGGAGAUGGUGAUCGCAGCACCCGACACUCUGUCCAUUAGCCUCUUCUUCAUGCUGCUACUCCUUAAACAAAAUCCGCACGUGGAGCUUCAGCUGCUACAGGAAAUAGACACUGUCGUAGGUGAGAGGCAGCUUCAGAACGAGGACCUUCAAAAGUUGCAGGUACUGGAGAGCUUCAUCAAUGAAUGCCUGCGCUUCCACCCAGUGGUGGACUUCACCAUGCGUCGAGCCCUUUCUGAUGACAUCAUAGAUGGCUACAGGGUACCGAAGGGCACAAAUAUCAUACUGAACACUGGUCGCAUGCACCGGACAGAGUUUUUCCACAAAGCCAACGAAUUUAGUCUGGAGAACUUCCAGAAAAAUGCUCCUCGCCGUUAUUUCCAGCCGUUUGGUUCAGGCCCUCGCGCCUGCGUAGGCAAGCACAUCGCCAUGGUGAUGAUGAAAUCCAUUUUGGUGACGCUGCUCUCGCAGUACUCUGUCUGCCCCCAUGAGGGCUUGACCCUGGACUGCCUCCCACAGACCAACAACCUUUCCCAGCAGCCUGUAGAGCAUCAUCCAGACUCUGAACACCUCAGCAUGACAUUCUUACCCAGACAGAGAGGAUGCUGGCAAACUUAGCAGUACUUAUGCUUUUAAACAGAUUAUAUACAUAUUCUCUUCAUUAUUUCAUUUAUAUGAUCUAAUGUUUGUACAAAGCCGUAUCGUUUAGUUUUGUUGUACAUUAAG